AUGGCUAAAUCAAAGCAACCCCUUCACGGUAGUACCGCAAUCAAGAACAUUGUGAAGCAGGCAAAGGUAGAGAAGGCGAGGAGAAUGAGUUAUGCCGGCGAUGCUAAGAAAUACUCUGCAAUUCGGGAGUACGGAAACGGCUUGAAGGAGGCUUUCAACGAGGUCUUGACAGCCAACGAUGCAACCGGUAAGGAAGCCGCGAUCGCAGAAGCUGACAAGAUCUAUCAUCCCAAGGCACGCGUUGAUGACACGGAGAAUGGUGCGGAUCAUAUGCCAGUCCAGCAGCCAUUGGAUCUGGUUGUUCCGGAGAAGCAGGAUACGGCCCGUGAGCUCCGCAUGCAAGUUCGAGAGGGUAAGAGAUCCCAGCUUACUCAGGAAAGUCAGGCCAAGUUGGAGAAGUUGAGAGCCGAGAGAGAGGAGAAGGCUAGGAAGCGCAAGAAGGCCAUGGAAGAGAAGUUAGCAUUCCCAAGUGUUCCCCAGGAGAAUGCUGCUCCCAUCAGCACAGCCGCCGCAAAGCGAAAGUCCAACAAUGCUGCUAAGCCAAAGGCUGCUCCAGCUCCCAAGACCGGCGCAAUUCGAAAGCCUAGGAAGAGCAACAAGAAGAUCUCUACUGCAACACCCUUCGAGAACCUCGUCAUGCGUCCAAAGGCCCAGCCCAAGAGCACCUCAGUCAAGAAAGAGCAACGAAACAAAGCUCCUCGGACUGGUUCCAGCGCAAUGACUUCAUCGCUGCCGACCGUCGAUGAUGUCGAGGAAGAAGUAGAGUUCCCAGGCCUUGUAUACCGAACAAAGCCAAAGGAAUAG